AUGGCAAACGGUGGCAUAGAUAGAAGGCUCCAUGCGGAUGUUGCCGCAUGUAGCGGCUUCGCUCUGCCACUUCGGUCUCGACAAGAGAACAUAGGUCAGGAAAAUACGGAAAAGGCAUUGUGGAUAUCAUUCGAAGAGCUCAAAACGAAGGAUUCACAACUUAUUAGGGAUAUAUUUACAAAUGAAAGGGCAAGGAUGAAGUACUGGGUAAUGCUAGCCCUGGCAUUCAGAAAUGCGGGACGAAUCGAACAAUUCGAGGAAAUUCUUACAGAAAUGGAGAAAAACUUGAAUGAAAAACAUAAAGGUGAGCCAAAUAUAUAG